UUUGGAUUACGGUCUUAAACGGAUCCUAAGGUCCUAAGGCCAAAAUGAUUCCUACUUUCGUGCUCUUCGUUGUAAGCAUAUUGCAUGCUCAUGCUGCUCCUCAAGACCCUGGCUAUCAAUGGCCUGUACCAGAUGACGAUGUAGAAUACGACGUGACCACCACAAAGACGUUGGAUCGAUUUGGUCAUCCAAUUUAUACCGUCAACAUGGUACCGAUUGAAUACGGUGGUGUAACACAAGGUUACUCAACGGCAAACUCUCAAUCGAAGGGGUCGUCAUAUGGUGGUGACCAAGCUGAGACUUACCAUAAUCGUAAUGUAGGUUACGACGCAUACUCUCAAAACAAUGGACAGGCCAAUAGUGCUGCAACAAGUGGACACAGCUAUUUGGCUAAUUAUGGACCAGGAAGCAGCUAUGUGAAAUCCUCUAAUUCAAGAGCGAAUUCACAGAGCGCUUCUAGCAAUUCUCAAAAUAGUUUUACUGGUUAUAAUGGUGCACCAGUUCCUCAGAAUUAUUAUAAUCAAUAUUAUAAUCCACCACCGUACGUACCUCCAACUUCAUACCCUCCGUCAGCAGCACCAGCUUACCCACCAUUUGCAUACCAAGGGUACCCACCCCACUUCUACCCCGGGAAUACACCUAGAACUCCACCGUUUUACCCUGGCUACAAAAAUCCCAACUACCCCCUGCAUCCGAUUCCUAACAAUCCCAUCCCAAUUGUCCCCUUAUCUCAACCAGUACAACCUACUCCAGGUCAAUUACCUAUAAUACAAAGUAUUCCGAUAGCAAAGACACUUUCUCCUUUGACUCCAGUUAGUCCUAUUUCUCAGCUCAUUGCACCAAAUGUUCAAAUACCAAUAAAUACAGCUCAGGCAAUAUCCUACACCAGCAAUGCGUCUGGAAACACUUAUGCCACAAGCUCUGCACCUAAAAGUGGAUCUGGCACUGGCACAGGAAGUAGCACUGGAGGAACUACCACUGGCUAUGGUUCUGGAAGUAGCAGUGGAGGAACUAGCUCUGGCUAUGGUUCCGGCUUUGGCUCUGGAAGUAGCAGUGGAGGAACUAGCUCUGGCUAUGGUUCCGGCUUUGGUUCUGGAAGUAGCAGUGGAGGAACUAGCUCUGGCUAUGGUUCCGGCUUUGGCUCUGGAAGUAGCACUGGAGAAACUAGCUCUGGCUAUGGUUCCGGCUUUGGCUCUGGAAGUAGCACGGGAGGAACUAGCACUGGCUCUGGUUCCGGCUCAGGUUUUGGAACUAGCACUGGAGGAACUAGCAUUGGCUCUGGUUCCGGCUCAGGUUCUGCAAGCACUGGAGGAGCUAGCAUUGGCUCUGGUUCCGGCUCAGGUUCUGCAAGCACUGGAGGAGCUAGCACUGGCACUGGCACAGGAAGUAGCAAUGGAGGAACUAGCACUGGCUAUGGUUCCGGCUAUGGUUCUGGAAGUAGCAGUGGAGGAACUAGCUCUGGCUAUGGUUCCGGCUUUGGCUCUGGAAGUAGCAGUGGAGGAACUAGCUCUGGCUAUGGUUCCGGCUUUGGCUCUGGAAGUAGCACUGGAGGAACUAGCACUGGCUAUGGUUCCGGCUUAGGUUCUGGAACUAGCACUGGAGGAACUAGCACUGGCUCUGGUUCUGGCUCAGGUACUGCAAGCUCUGGAGGAGCUAGCACUGGCACUGGCACAGGAAGUAGCACUGGAGGAACUAGCACUGGCUAUGGUUCCGGCUUUGGCUCUGGAAGUAGCACUGGAGGAACUAGCACUGGCUAUGGUUCCGGCUCCGGUACUGCAAGCUCUGGAGGAGCUAGCACUGGCAUUGGCACAGGAAGUAGCACUGGAGGAACUAGCACUGGCUCUGGUUCUGGCUCAGGUACUGCAAGCUCUGGAGGAGCUAGCACUGGCACUGGCUCUGGAAGUAGCACUGGAGGAACUAGCUCUGGCUAUGGUUCCGGCUUUGGCUCUGGAAGUAGCACUGGAGGAACUAGCACUGGCUAUGGUUCCGGCGUAGGUUCUGGAACUAGCACUGGAGGAACUAGCUCUGGCUAUGGUUCCGGCUUUGGCUCUGGAAGUAGCACGGGAGGAACUAGCACUGGCUCUGGUUCCGGCUCAGGUUUUGGAACUAGCACUGGAGGAACUAGCAUUGGCUCUGGUUCCGGCUCAGGUUCUGCAAGCACUGGAGGAGCUAGCACUGGCACUGGCACAGGAAGUAGCACUGGAGGAACUAGCAUUGGCUCUGGUUCCGGCUAUGGUUCUGGAAGUAGCAGUGGAGGAACUAGCAUUGGCUCUGGUUCCGGCUAUGGUUCUGGAAGUAGCAGUGGAGGAACUAGCUCUGGCUAUGGUUCCGGCUUUGGCUCUGGAAGUAGCACUGGAGGAACUAGCACUGGCUCUGGUUCCGGCUCAGGUUCUGCAAGCUCUGGAGGAGCUAGCACUGGCAUUGGCACAGGAAGUAGCACUGGAGGAACUAGCACUGGCUCUGGUUCUGGCUCAGGUACUGCAAGCUCUGGAGGAGCUAGCACUGGCACUGGCACAGGAAGUAGCACUGGAGGAACUAGCACUGGCUCUGGUUCCGGCUUUGGCUCUGGAAGUAGCACUGGAGGAACUAGCACUGGCUAUGGUUCCGGCUUAGGUUCUGGAACUAGCACUGGAGGAACUAGCACUGGCUCUGGUUCUGGCUCAGGUACUGCAAGCUCUGGAGGAGCUAGCACUGGCACUGGCACAGGAAGUAGCACUGGAGGAACUAGCAUUGGCUCUGGUUCCGGCUAUGGUUCUGGAAGUAGCAGUGGAGGAACUAGCUCUGGCUAUGGUUCCGGCUUUGGCUCUGGAAGUAGCACUGGAGGAACUAGCACUGGCUAUGGUUCCGGCUCCGGUACUGCAAGCUCUGGAGGAGCUAGCACUGGCAUUGGCACAGGAAGUAGCACUGGAGGAACUAGCACUGGCUCUGGUUCUGGCUCAGGUACUGCAAGCUCUGGAGGAGCUAGCACUGGCACUGGCACAGGAAGUAGCACUGGAGGAACUAGCACUGGCUCUGGAACUAGCACUGGCUCUGGUUCCGGCUCAGGUUCUGCAAGCACUGGAGGAGCUAGCAUUGGCUCUGGUUCCGGCUCAGGUUCUGCAAGCACUGGAGGAGCUAGCACUGGCACUGGCACAGGAAGUAGCAAUGGAGGAACUAGCACUGGCUCUGGUUCCGGCACUGGCACAGGAAGUAGCAAUGGAGGAACUAGCACUGGCUCUGGUUCCGGCUUUGGCUCUGGAAGUAGCACUGGAGGAACUAGCACUGGCUAUGGUACCGGCGUAGGUUCUGGAACUAGCACUGGAGGAACUGGCACUGGCUAUGGUUCCGGCUAUGGUUCUGGAAGUAGCAGUGGAGGAACUAGCACUGGCUAUGGUUCCGGCUUAGGUUCUGGAACUAGCACUGGAGGAACUAGCACUGGCUAUGGUUCCGGCUCAGGUUCUGCAAGCACUGGAGGAUCUAGCACUGGCACUGGCACAGGAAGUAGCACUGGAGGAACUAGCACUGGCUCUGGUUCCGGCUUUGGCUCUGGAACUAGCACUGGAGGAACUAGCACUGGCUCUGGUUCUGGCUCAGGUACUGCAAGCUCUGGAGGAGCUAGCACUGGCACUGGCACAGGAAGUAGCACUGGAGGAACUAGCACUGGCUCUGGUUCCGGCUUUGGCUCUGGAAGUAGCACUGGAGGAACUAACUCUGGCUAUGGUUCCGGCUUUGGCUCUGGAAGUAGCACUGGAGGAACUAGCACUGGCUCUGGUUCCGGCUCAGGUUCUGCAAGCACUGGAGGAGCUAGCAAUGGCACUGGCACAGGAAGUAGCAAUGGAGGAACUAGCACUGGCUCUGGUUCCGGCUUUGGCUCUGGAAGUAGCACUGGAGGAACUAACUCUGGCUAUGGUUCCGGCUUUGGCUCUGGAAGUAGCAGUGGAGGAACUAGCUCUGGCUAUGGUUCCGGCUUUGGCUCUGGAAGUAGCACUGGAGGAACUAGCACUGGCUAUGGUUCCGGCUUAGGUUCUGGAACUAGCACUGGAGGAACUAGCACUGGCUCUGGUUCUGGCUCAGGUACUGCAAGCUCUGGAGGAGCUAGCACUGGCACUGGCACAGGAAGUAGCACUGGAGGAACUAGCACUGGCUCUGGUUCCGGCUUUGGCUCUGGAAGUAGCACUGGAGGAACUAACUCUGGCUAUGGUUCCGGCUUAGGUUCUGGAACUAGCACUGGAGGAACUAGCACUGGCUCUGGUUCCGGCUCAGGUACUGCAAGCUCUGGAGGAGCUAGCACUGGCACUGGCACAGGAAGUAGCACUGGAGGAACUAGCACUGGCUCUGGUUCCGGCUUUGGCUCUGGAACUAGCACUGGAGGAACUAGCACUGGCUAUGGUUCCGGCUUUGGCUCUGGAACUAGCACUGGAGGAACUAGCACUGGCUCUGGUUCUGGCUCAGGUACUGCAAGCUCUGGAGGAGCUAGCACUGGCACUGGCACAGGAAGUAGCACUGGAGGAACUAGCACUGGCUCUGGUUCCGGCUUUGGCUCUGGAAGUAGCACUGGAGGAACUAACUCUGGCUAUGGUUCCGGCUUUGGCUCUGGAAGUAGCACUGGAGGAACUAGCACUGGCUCUGGUUCCGGCUCAGGUUCUGCAAGCACUGGAGGAGCUAGCAUUGGCUCUGGUUCCGGCUCAGGUUCUGCAAGCACUGGAGGAGCUAGCAAUGGCACUGGCACAGGAAGUAGCAAUGGAGGAACUAGCACUGGCUCUGGUUCCGGCUUUGGCUCUGGAAGUAGCACUGGAGGAACUAACUCUGGCUAUGGUUCCGGCUUUGGUUUUGGAAGUAGCAGUGGAGGAACUAGCUCUGGCUAUGGUUCCGGCUUUGGCUCUGGAAGUAGCACUGGAGGAACUAGCACUGGCUAUGGUUCCGGCUUAGGUUCUGGAACUAGCACUGGAGGAACUAGCACUGGCUCUGGUUCCGGCGUAGGUUCUGGAACUAGCACUGGAGGAACUGGCACUGGCUAUGGUUCCGGCUUAGGUUCUGGAACUAGCACUGGAGGAACUAGCACUGGCUCUGGUUCCGGCUCAGGUUCUGCAAGCACUGGAGGAGCUAGCAUUGGCUCUGGUUCCGGCUCAGGUUCUGCAAGCACUGGAGGAGCUAGCAAUGGCACUGGCACAGGAAGUAGCAAUGGAGGAACUAGCACUGGCUCUGGUUCCGGCUUUGGCUCUGGAAGUAGCACUGGAGGAACUAACUCUGGCUAUGGUUCCGGCUUUGGCUCUGGAAGUAGCAGUGGAGGAACUAGCACUGGCUAUGGUUUCGGCUUAGGUUCUGGAACUAGCACUGGAGGAACUAGCACUGGCUCUGGUUCUGGCUCAGGUACUGCAAGCUCUGGAGGAGCUAGCACUGGCACUGGCACAGGAAGUAGCACUGGAGGAACUAGCACUGGCUAUGGUUCCGGCUUAGGUUCUGGAACUAGCACUGGAGGAACUAGCACUGGCUCUGGUUCUGGCUCAGGUACUGCAAGCUCUGGAGGAGCUAGCACUGGCACUGGCACAGGAAGUAGCACUGGAGGAACUAGCACUGGCUAUGGUUCCGGCUUUGGCUCUGGAAGUAGCACUGGAGGAACUAGCUCUGGCUAUGGUUCCGGCUUUGGCUCUGGAAGUAGCACUGGAGGAACUAGCACUGGCUCUGGUUCCGGCUCAGGUUCUGCAAGCUCUGGAGGAGCUAGCACUGGCAUUGGCACAGGAAGUAGCACUGGAGGAACUAGCACUGGCUCUGGUUCUGGCUCAGGUACUGCAAGCUCUGGAGGAGCUAGCACUGGCACUGGCACAGGAAGUAGCACUGGAGGAACUAGCACUGGCUCUGGUUCCGGCUCAGGUUCUGCAAGCACUGGAGGAGCUAGCACUGGCACUGGCACAGGAAGUAGCACUGGAGGAACUAGCACUGGCUAUGGUUCCGGCUCAGGUUCUGCAAGCACUGGAGGAGCUAGCACUGGCACUGGCACAGGAAGUAGCACUGGAGGAACUAGCACUGGCUAUGGUUCCGGCUCAGGUUCUGCAAGCACUGGAGGAUCUAGCACUGGCACUGGCACAGGAAGUAGCACUGGAGGAACUAGCACUGGCUCUGGUUCCGGCUCAGGUUCUGCAAGCACUGGAGGAACUAGCACUGGCUCUAGUUCCGGCUCUGGCUCGGGAAGUAGCACUGGAGGAAACAAUGGUGGAUGGAGUUCAGGCUCUGCUUCAGGAUCAGACACCGGCUCUAUCACUGGGUACGGUGUUGGUGUAACAGUUAUCGAACCAGUUAUCCCCGGAAUCGUACCUUACCCGCAAUCAAAAGGCAAACUGUGCAUUUGCUUCAGUAACUACUUACAGAUGCCAGCAGUCAUUCGCAAUCAAUUUAGGUUUUACUAACCCGACAUUUAUAAGUAAGCAAGCAUUUUAAAAAUCAAUCUAUGUAUUGAACCAAAAAUAUUAAUAAAUCAAUAGAGCAAU